ACGUUCUUGUUGCCUAAGGAUAAAGUGAAAGAUUUACUUUCUUUUAGACAUUCACUUUCUUGUAAUCAGGGGAGAAGAAAGAUAUAACAACCGAGGACUUACUUUCGUUUUCUUUCAUUCCAAUAUUAUUCAUAUCGGACUACUCGUUUGAUUGAAUGCCCAAAGAGGGACUCCGUUUGAGCAUGCGCGUUACACUGUCAGCAUGGAGUUGAGGAAGUUUUGCAGUCAGAGGCACCUGAGCGUCAAAUGUAGCUUAUUCAAACCACUACGGGAACGUUUUUACUGAUGAACCACCAGAAACUGUAAACGGACAUUUCUUGAGAACGAAGUAAGCAUCGCCAAGAACAGUGUUGACAGUGUUGACAGUGUUGACAGUGGGAGGUGAAAGUGAAAAACUGUUCAAUGGCGAUGAUCUCGGCUACUGAUCUGGAGCAGCUGGCUGAAAUAGAGCUGCAGAAGGAGGACGUUGAGGAACAGGGUCGUCAUGGGUACCGUCCGGAUCGCCCUCCAGCCCCGCGUAGAGUCAGCGUCUGCCAGGACACCUCUCACCCCUACUAUGAUGUGGCUCGACACGGGAUCCUUCAAGUCACAGGUGAUGAUAACUAUGGCAGGAAGCUGGUUAUCUUCAGUAGCUGCCUGAUGCCCCCCUCCCAUCAGCUCAACCACCACCACCUACUGGAGUAUCUGAAGUACUCUCUGGACCAGUAUGUAGAGAGCGAUUAUACAGUAGUGUAUUUCCAUCAUGGUCUCCGCAGCAGCAACAAGCCCUCACUACGCUGGCUACGAGACGCAUACAGAGAGUUUGACAGGAAGUACAAGAAGAACCUGAAAGCCCUCUAUGUCGUCCAUCCUACUAAUUUUAUCAGAAUCAUCUGGAAUAUAUUCCAACCACUCAUCAGUCACAAGUUUGGUAAGAAGCUGAUCUAUGUGAACUACCUGGCAGAGCUCAGAGACCACCUGAACUGUGAUCAGCUUCUCAUCCCACCUGAUGUCCUCAGCCAUGAUGAGAGGCUGCAGGUGGCCCAGAAGGGAGGUCUGCACCCCUCAUCUAAGACUCCUCCCCCCAGACCUCCUCUCCCCACUCAGCAGUUUGGAGUCAGCCUGCAAUAUAUUCGUGGGAAGAACCAGGGUGUGAUGAUUCCUCCUGUGAUGUCCCAGACUGUGUCUUAUCUCAAAGACAACGGCCUCCAGACAGAAGGUAUCUUCAGGAGGUCAGCUCGGGUUCAGCUCAUCAAAGACGUCCAGAAGCUCUACAACCAGGGGAAACCAGUGGUGUUCCAGCAGUAUGGGGACGUCCAUGUUCCUGCUGUCAUCCUGAAGACCUUCCUCAGAGAGCUACCUGAGCCCCUGCUCACCUUCCCCCUCUACCACCAGAUACAGGACAUAGUCCGAGUGGAGAGCAGUCUACGAGUGACAGCAUGUAAACACAUCCUAGAGAAUCUACCAGAACACAACUACAUGGUGUUGAAGUACCUGCUCUGUUUCCUGAACAUAGUCUCUCAGCACAGUAUCGUCAACAAGAUGUCUCCCUCCAACCUGGCCUGUGUGUUUGGUGUCAAUCUGUCCUGGCCUUCUCAGGGCUCUGUCUCUCUGACAGCUCUGACGCCGCUCAACAUCUUCACCGAGAUCCUUAUAGAACAUUACCAUACAGUCUUCAGCUCCCGCUGCCCACGGGUAAUGCCCUGAUCGCCAGCACAGCACACCACCGUGAGGACGCGCGCCACUGCACAGCACACCGUGGACUCGUCGCCGUAUACCGUCUUCUGCCCCGUAGCGGUAACAACCUGAUUGCACGGGCGGCACCACCUCACAACGUCUUCAGUCCUACUCUGAUCGUACACAACGACACGCUACUCAACCCAACAGAACAGGAACACCACGCUACUCAACCCAACAGAACAGGAACACCACGCUACUCAGCCCAACAGAACAGGAACACCACGCUACUCAACCCAACAGAACAGGAACACCACGCUACUCAACCCAACAGAACAGGAACACCACGCUACUCAGCCCAACAGAACAGGAACACCACGCUACUCAACCCAACAGAACAGGAACACCACGCUACUCAACCCAACAGAACAGGAACACCACGCUACUCAACCCAACAGAACAGGAACACCACGCUACUCAACCCAACAGAACAGGAACACCACGCUACUCAACCCAACAGAACAGGAACACCACGCUACUCAACCCAACAGAACAGGAACACCACGCUACUCAACCCAACAGAACAGGAACACCACGCUACUCAACCCAACAGAACAGGAACACCACGCUACUCAACCCAACAGAACAGGAACACCACGCUACUCAACCCAACAGAACCGGAACACCACGCUACUCAACCCAACAGAACCGGAACACCACGCUACUCAACCCAACAGAACAGGAACACCACGCUACUCAACCCAACAGAACAGGAACACCACGCUACUCAACCCAACAGAACCGGAACACCACGCUACUCAACCCAACAGAACCGGAACGCCACGCUACUCAACCCAACAGAACAGGAACACCACGCUACUCAACCCAACAGAACAGGAACACCACGCUACUCAACCCAACAGAACAGGAACACCACGCUACUCAACCCAACAGAACCGGAACGCUGUGAUAUACUGGGAUUGUCUACUGGGAGGACCUGUUUGAGGAGAGUCCAAUCACCUUUGGCUCCUGAAACAAGAUGGCUCCCAGAAUCAACCUUUUUUUUUUUCUCCAAUGCAUCAUCCAGGUUGUUGCUACAUGAGGAGAGGAGUUGGAGCUUCACAGUCAUAACAAAGCAUAGCGCCACAAAGUACAAAGUAGAACUUUUUUUAGUUUCUUGUGUGUUCUGUUAAAUGUCUGCUCAGCCCACAUGCCCACACACUCUGUAUACAGUAUGUGAUGUAUAUAAUAACUAUAUAUUCAUACUAUCACUCACAUUCCAUGGAAUGCCCACCGGCCUCAUAUGAUGUGCUAGAAUGCUUUAUCUGGCUUUUCAAUGAUAGAAGGAACAGACGUUCACUUUUAUUCGAUACAAUUUGAUUCAAUAAAAUUCAACUUAUUACAUGGAA